GGUGGGGGGCUUCGCGCCGGGCUUCGGGGCGCCGCGCGUGGCCGUGCUGUCGGGUUACUUUCCUGUGCUUUAGGGGACUUUCCUGCUGCUGUCACGGGCGAGCCGAGGUCGGAGGUCGGAGGUCGUGCCCGGUGGACUGUUGGAGCGCCGCCGGCCUGAGCUCGGGGUCGGCACCUCCGACCUUUUUGUCCGGAGAAUGAGGCAGAAGGAGGGGCCAAGCACGACCUUCCAGGGCCCAGCUGCUGUGUGUCGGACUCGGACCAGCCAUGUGUACGUGUUUGAGGGUGGAGGUGCAGGCUCGGAGGGCUCCUCGGAGGAAGAAGAGCCGGUGGCGGCCACCGGCGGUCAGGCCCUGCGCCCCCGGGGCAAGGAGCACCGGAAGAAGGCUGCCCCCUCCGUGGGGCAGGCAGGCGCGGGGGACAUGGUGCUGAUGCAGCGGCCAGUGGCACAGGAGGACAGCCUCUACAAGCUCGCCCUCCAGUAUGGAUGCCAAGUGGCCGACCUUAAGAAGGUCAACAGUCUGGUGCGGGAGCAGGACCUGCACGGCCUGCGGUGCGUCAGGAUCCCCGUGCACAGCCACGGCGUCCUCACCGAGGCCUGCCACGGGCUCAGCCCCAUCCCCAGCCCGGCCUCGGAGACCAGAGUGACCUUCGAGGACGCCCCCGAGCCGGCGGCGGGGGUGCCCGGGGCCCCCAGCCCCCUGACGCGCUUCUUCAGGGACAUCGACCAGAGCAUCGAGCGCGCGGCACAGGCCGAGAUGGUCCUGGACCCCACCGGCUGCCCGCUGCUGCCCGCUCCCGCCCGGGGGCCCACGCCCAGCGCCCACGGGGGCAUCCGCUGGUGGAAGGCGGUCCUGCUGCUGCUCCUCGUCGGUGUCGUCCUGCCCCUGUUUUAUUUGGUGUAUUUUAAAAUCCAGGCGGCCGGCGAGGCCCCCGGGAGCUGGAACGGCACGUCGGCGGCCCACACGGGCUCCGGGGCACGGACUGCGGGGCCCGGCCCGACCCCUUGGCCAGAGAAGUAGCAGUGGCUGGAGGGCAGCCGGCUGGCCCCUCCUCGGGCUGCUGCGUCUCCUCCUCCCCCUGUCUGAGGAUUGCGUGUCCCGGAGCAGCUGCGUCUCGUGCCAGUACAGAGCCCUGGACCCCAGAUGCGUGUCUCGGGGCCUGGACAGCAAGUUGGCUGUGAGGGCCUUGAGUGGGCUGUGGUGGGGAGCCCCCAGGACGGAGGGCCCCAGGCUGGCGUGGACCCUGGUCCUGCCGUGGGGUUGACUGACCCUCAUGUGGCGUGGCCCGUGACGGAAGCUGUCGGGUGACCGGGUCUGGCCCGUCUGCGGGAGGCAGUGGGGGUGGAGGAGCCCCUGCUUUCCCCGGCCAGAGGUGGCUGAGGUUUGGGGGUGCAGGUGGUGGUCCCCCAGAGCCCAUGGGGAAGCUUCACUGCCUGCAUGUCCUGUGCGUUCUGGAGGCCGCUGUGGCCCUGGGUCCCAGGGUGGGGUCCCUUUGUUGUUCCCUGUAUGAAUAAAGUUUUUUCUAUGAA